GUCGCUGCAAGAGCCAAUUGAAUGGAGCCAUGUAAUGUCUCUCAGUGGUGACGAAAGUCCUGCUGCAGGUGUGUCGGCAGAGGUGCAAAAGCCGAGGUUUUCCUUUUCACCAGGCCCCAGAUUCGGUUUGGAGGCAAGACGUCCUUUCAAGCAAUCCAAGGGCAAAGAGUUCAAUGACAUCAUUCUGAAUGCAGGGCAGGAUGGCGAGGCCAUUUUGGCCUUCGUCCAUGGUCGGCUGCAAGAAUUAAGCGUGGUGAACGCCACCACUGCGGUCCACCGCUUGGCCAAAUGUCAAGCCGGACUAGCCACGGCUGCGACCACUUCACACGACCCGCGGCUGCGUUUGCUCCUCGACAGGGUGGGUGAAAUGUUCAGGGCAGCCUCUUCAGAGAAUGAUCAGAAUGAGUGGCAGUUCCAUGUGGACCCGAGAGCUCUUACAAACGUUGCAUGGGCGCAGGCAAAAAUGUUGAUGAGGGAUGCCCAACUCCUCGGCCAUAUUUCCACAGAGGUCCGGCAACGGGUGUCUGAAUGUUCAGCCCAGCAGGUGGCCAACUGUGCUUGGGCUUUUGCAAGACUGGGUCUUUGCGACGAAAGGUUGCUCACAGCCUUAACCAGCGAGGCUGCCCAGAGGAUGGCAGAGUUCAGCCCACAAAAUCAGAUGUGUAUGCUAUGGGCUUGCGCAAAGCUGCAAUUUCUGUCUCUCAAGCUUUUGCAGGCUGUCCAGCAGACCAUGACCUCACUUCGAGACUUUUCUUCACAGCAUUUGUCCAUGGUGGCGUGGUCUUGUGGAAGCCUGGGCGUCCGAGAGAACGCGAUGAUGGACAACAUCGCUGUAGAAGCAUCCAGGAAGAUCCGAACAUUCACUCCGCAGAAUUUGGCCAAUAUGGCAUGGGCUUUUGCUACUCUUGAUGUCCGUCACACGAAACUAUUUUCGACCAUAUCACUGGAGGCAAGGCAGAGGUUGCAGGAAUUCAAUCAACAACAUUUGUGCAAUCUGGCCUGGGCCUUCAGCACAAUCCACCUAACAGAUGAGGAUCUUUUGCUCCCACUUGCCGAGCAAGUGAUCAGUCGAGCUGACGAAUUUACUCCACAGGGUCUCUCCAACAUCGCAUGCUCCUUCGCAGUACUGGGUCUUGGGCAUCACAACAUGUUUGAGGCUGUUGGACAAGCAUCAAUUCCAAAGGUCAAACAUUUCUCUCCUCAUGACUUGGAAUCCAUUGCCUGGGCAUUCGCACGACUUGGUAUACACAGAGAGGUUUUGAUGGAUGGCAUCUCCCAGGAAGCCAAGUUGAAGAUCGGCCAGUUCCAUGCCCUGGAUGUUGCCAACCUGGCCUGGGCUUUCGCGACACUCCGAGUGAGGGACCAGGAACUGAUGAAGACUCUGGAAGAAGCCGCCAAGAACACCCCGGUCCAUGGCUUUUCUUCCCAGGCGCUAAGCCAGAUAGCUUGGGCCUUUGCCUCUUUGAGCUGUGCUUCAGACGCGCUUCUGAACCAUCUGUCGGAGGAGGUCUUGUUGCGUGUUGAUGAUUUGGAGUUGCAGCAGCUUGCAGCAUUGCUUGACACAAAACUUCCUCGCUGCAGAGUACUUGGCAGGCGCUUCGGAGUUCUGCUUUGGCGCUUCCUCGAGGUCUUUCCCAGAACGAAGGCUCAAUGGAUGGAAGAGGAAUAUUGGGAUUUCCUGCAGAAGCUCCAGGUUGACAACUUUGGGCUUCAUGGUAGCUCUUUCGUGCUCCAGCGCUUGGGCAUUGGAAAGGCAGAUGCCGCCUUUGCUGCCCGGGCACAGGAUGAAGUCAAGAGGUAUGUUGGGCAGAGCAACGAUGCGCUACGAGGGCUUACAAACCAGGAUGUACUGCACAACCGGGUUUGCAGCUUUGCGGAAUUUGACUUCAGUAUACCUGGGAAGGAGAAGAGCUUUUCUGGCAAAAUGAUCCGUGAGAAUGGGUUCUGGUCUGCCAGUAGAUCACGCGGUGGGAAGUGUCGAUGGCUUCGAGCUGCAAGUCUCAAGGUGGGAGCCCUGGUGGAUCGAAGCUUCUGCAGCGAAUUUCAGACCCUGGAGGAGCUUUGUGAUUGCAUCGAGCAGGAAGCAGCUGGGGCUGCACUGCUGGAGAAUGUGAGUGGCUUCCUACGGCUCUUUGUGUCAACCACACCCUGUGUGUCUUGCAUUGGAGCAUUGAGCCAGUUCCGGUUGCUUUUUCCCCAUCUUUGCAUGGAGGUCGCUUGUGGUCAGAUGCCCAUGCGGCAAGGCUGGCAACAGGAUUUUGGGCGAUGACAUGGAGUAGUUGCAUUUGGCGGGCACAUCUUUUGGGCGAAAAGAGCGGCCUUGCAC